AAAUGCGCGCGCAAACCGGAAGUUAAGAACCGCAAAUAACCUAACCUUUGAAAAUAACCUUAAAUUUGUUAUCAAAAUAUAGUUAUUAUUACUUUUUGUAAUUAACAGAGAAUUGAAAGAAAAAUGUUUGGAAGACUAGCGACUUCUCUUUUUAAUGCCGUUCCAUCAAUGCUAGGAAGGCAAGUGAUAUCAUCGGUAAAUGCUACGCCUUCAUUAUCCAAUCAAUUAAUAAACGGAGGCUGCAAUGUAAUGUCAAUUAGAAAUAAAACAAGAAAUUAUUUUCCACGUCCAAAUGAAGUUCAAAGAAUUCGAAAACACGGAUGGAAAACAAGAAUGUCAACACUUUCAGGAAGAAAAAUUAUUAUGAGAAGAAUAUUAAGAGGUUGUCAUGUCUUGUCUCAUUAAUUAUUACAUUAGUUCUCUAAUAAAAAAUAUUCUAAC